UGGACCGUUUAUACAGCCAAUCCUGAGGCAGUACAGUACAUACUGAUGAAAGGAGAAAUAUUCCCAAAGGACACCAAUUUCAUGAACGUUCUAAGCAGGGAUAGUCUUACAAUUCGUUUUUUUGGAAGUUCAAAUGUUGCAUUCAUCAGUGGUGAGCCUUGGAAACAUCAGCGAAAGACUAUGAACCCAGCCUUCCGCCGGACAGCUCCUGUUGAUUUAUUCGGGCGGAUUGUCCCAGACAUGUUUAGAUUGAUUGACAAGACAGAUGGAAACAUCUUCAUAUUCGAUUUAUUACAAAGGGUAACAUUUGAUGCCUUGGGUAAAGCUUUAUUUGGCUUUGACUUCAGGGCUACGGUAGAAGAGGACUCUGCAUGGAGGGCAGCUUACAUUGAUACAAUGGCAGGAGUAACUGCCCCUAUUCUUAAUAUCAUUCCUUCCCUUGAGUAUAUUCUCCGCUAUUUCUAUCCUGAUUAUAACAAGGCCAGCAAGGGUGUAGACAAACUCAACGCACUGAUCCUUGAUAUGGUUAAUAAAAAAAAGAAAAAGCUUGAGGAAUCAAAAGACCAACCUGAUGGCGGCCAAGAAAAGGAUCUCUUGACACUUAUCCUUGAAGCCGAAAUGAAGGAAAAUAAGUCAAGUGAAUCCGACGAUUUAAGAGCAAACAUGGCUACUUUUAUUAUGGCAGGACACGAAACCACAGCCAGCUCUGUUUCACAUUGUAUAUAUUAUAUGGCUAUGAACAAGAACGUACAAAAUAAAGCACGUAGGGAAGCAUUGGAUAUUCUUGGAGAUGAUAGUUCUACUGCUCCUCCCACUUUCGAUGACUGCAAGCGCAUCAAUUAUAUUAAUAUGAUUGUAAAAGAGGCUUUACGUUUAAGUGUUACUUCCGGUGCGCUUAUGGACCGAGUAGCCACCGAAGAUGUCACGCUUGCUGGGGAGUUUAUUCCAAAAGGCACAUAUAUUAGUGUGGACAUCGAGGCUUUACACAAGAACCCAACCAUUUGGAAGAACCCAACUGUUUUUGAUCCCGAGAGAUUCAGUAAAGGAGGCGAACAUGAGCAGCACAGGGGUAUUACAUGGGCUCCUUUCAGUGAUGGAAACCGGAAAUGUCUUGGUGUCAACUUUAGUAUGGCAGAGCAGCAAGUUCUUUUGCUUAUGUUGUUGAAACAUUAUGAAUGGGAUCUAUCAGAAAACUCGAUCCACAAAAAUGGAAUUGUUUAUAAUAGUAUCUUUUCCUUCGCACCAAAAACACUGUCUAUCAAAUUCCACAAACGACACUAG